UUCUCUCCUCAGAUUGAACGAUGUGAUUGAUUGGAGGCAACUGCACUCCAAUGGUCGAGGACCUCACCCCCCCUCCACUAGAAUGUACUUGAUGAAUGUCCCUCCUGUCGCAGCGAGGCAAACAGAAUGGAGAACAUGUGGCCCACCUGGAGGCUAUAGCCUUCCAGUCUGCUUCAAUGACUCUGACCCAGAGUUGUCCACCAGAGGCACACCUAUCUCAGAUAAGGUCCAGAUGAUCAUAGAGAGCCUUAGGAGCACCCAGACCUCACUCGAGAUGGGCGACGAGAUCGAGGGAAACGUACCACCAGGACAGGAAGUUCAUCCCCAAGUGUGCAAGGUUGCGAUGGGUUCUUAUGUGGGGGCUGAGUCCAAAACUAAAAGUCCCACUGAGAACCAACAGGCAGAUGCUUCCUCCCCAAUCAACCACGAGAGGAGUGACUCUGACAGCGAUAGUUCUGUAGACAGAGGAAUUGAGGAGGCAAUACUGGAAUAUUUGAAGGAAAAGGAUGAUCACAAACGCAAGGCAGAACCAUGCUUCACCUUUCUCGAAUCAUCCAACAUUCCCAGGAAAAGCCCUCCUUUUCCUGAGGUUUCCAAACAGAACUCUGACACCAAUACAUUUUUGAUUGCCAGCAGCCAGUUCCCAAAAAGUGUCAAAGCUGAGACUCCCACAUCACCAGCUGUUAUACCUAUAAAAAAGUAUAUCAAAAACAAAAUUUCCCCAAAUGAAAACACAGCUAAUACAUUUGAUUUCAAUAAAAGUUCAACAACCAAAAGUUUAGUCAUGCCCCCAGAGCCAAUGAAGUUCCCCUCGAAAACAAUCAACCUCUUCAACAAAGCAAAAUGCCCGGUCAAAGUUAAAGUGGAGGAAGACUCAAAUGAUUCCAGUAGUGAUGAUGGCAUCGAGGAAGCCAUUCAAAGAUACCAGUUGGAGAAAAAGGAGCAACAGGACAAACCAGAACCCUUCAUUCCACAUGCAUUAAAAGAAGAGUCUGACUCAACUAGCGAUGAUGGGAUUGAAGAAGCUAUUCGCUCUUACCAGCUUGAGCAACUCAAAGAUAAGAGUGUCCUUAAUCCAUUCUUGCACAAGCCAAAGCACUUUACUAAGUCUUUACUGCAUGCUGUUGGAAGUACGAGCACUGAAAAACUGAAGAAAAAAAGACUGAGAAAGAAGAAGACCGUAGCAGAGAAAGAAGUCAAAUCUGUUCAAACUCCUUCUUCAUCCGUUUUCAUACCCAAGAAUACACUCUCCGGGAGCUCGAAGGGUAAAGGAAAUGAAUUGCUUUUGUUUCAAGUUGAAGGUUUUAAGGAGCAACUUACUACGUCCCCUUCGAAAAUUAAUACUACUGCAGAGCUCAUGUGUGCUGAGGCGAUACUGGACAUUUCAAAAACUGUCAUGCCUGAAGUCUUCCAUCAUAGUGUUGGCCAUAGCAGUUGCACCCCCACCGAAUCUUCUGUGCAAUCAUCCCCUCCUGGCAACUGCCCGGAUGAAGAAAGUGAUGGCAGCUCCAUUGAUAGUGAAGAUGGGAUAGAGCAAGAAAUCAAGAACUUUCUUGAGCAGAAGGCCCAAAUGCUCAAACAACCGCCCACUGCUAAGACUCAAGAGCCUCAAAGUAUCAAUGAGCCAGAGACAGCGAAAGAAGAACCAGUUGCAACUCAAAAGAAAUCCCUAAAAUUGUCUUUGACUCAGAGAAGAAAACAAAGAGAGGCAAACCUGAGCAUUUCCAGCCCUCCAAAGACAGAUGACAAUGUUGAAGAAACAGCCACUAAAGCUUCACCUGAGCGUGGAAUAGAAUCCAGCCCAUUAUUGUUUUCCCAGUGUAGUCAAACACACCAAAUGUCUAGACUAAUGAAGACGGAGCAGAGUGGAGACAAAAGCAGCUCGCUUGACAGUGAUGAAGACCUAGACACGGCUAUAAAAGACCUGCUCAAGACAAAGAAGAAGACAAAGAAAAAGCGAGAUCUUAAGCGGAAAUCAAGGCUGAGCCUAACGGAUGGAGAACCAUUGCUAGGAAAUACUUUAGAGACCAAAAAGUUAAAAAUGGAUCCUAUUUCCAUAAAAGUUCUGAAAAAAGUAGAAAAGAGAAAAGUUGAGGUGAAAGAUAAGUCUGGAUUAAGUAAAAACAGAAUUUCACAACACAAACAAGGUGAAUUGACAGCUGGUGUUCAAGCCACUCUGUUGCCGUACAUUACACAGACUGCUGUUGAGACAAAGGAAGACAGCAGUUCAGUGGACAGCGACGAUAGCAUCGAGCUAGAGAUCAGAAGGUUUCUGGCUGAAAAGGCGAAAGUAUCAACCACGGAGAAAAGUAAAGAUGAAGAUCUAUCAAGAAACGGUACUACGGCGGUUUGUGCCCCACUUCAAGAGAGAGACAUUAAACAGGAAAAUCAGCAGGCUGAAAUUCCAAGUCCGGGACAAUCUCCUUUCUGGAGUCAGCCUCUUCCUACACCACAGGGUUUGAUGCCAGACAUAUCUGCUGUCGGCGCACAAUCGCGUCUCUCCUGCGGCCCGACUGCUUUGGAGCCAGCAGACGGGGCAGGGGUGGCUAGAACUGAGCAAAUGAGGCCUACCUUUGGAAAAGGUAUCUUCCACAAUGUCACCCCACAGAUUGCGAAGGUUAGGCCUGUGUUGAGUCCUAACAUUGCUCAUUCUCGCUCUGAGGCAAACAAGUGGCGCCAGAGCUUCGGACUUCCCAUUACUGACUCUAGGAUGCCUAGUCGAACUCCAUUCCAUAUCACAUCUUCUAAAAUCAGCGAAACUUCAUCAGCAUCUCCCGCUUAUCAAAGCGAGGGGCCCAAAUCACAAACUCCAGGCACUGUUUGGUCCUCUGCAAGGACCAGCAGAGCUCCUUUGGCCUGCUCCACAGAGACAAAUGUAAAGGCCACGUUCAGAUCUCCUGGUUUGAGUCUUUUGUCAACUGCCAGGCAGCAUCCAAGAGUGUCCUUUACACAGAGGUCUCAGUUCCCUAUAGAAGGAGAGACAGAGAGUAUGGUGCACAUAUCUAAAGACAAGAGUGUGUUUGUUGAACUGGAGUCUAAUAGGACCAACCAUGUCCAGGUUCGAAGCAGGGAAAGAAGCGAGGGAAAUGAGAAAGUGGACUUGCUACGUGAGAUGAAGAGAGAAAGUCAGAGUAUGGAGAUAGACGAUAAAGAAGAACAUCUAGAGAGGAGAGAGGAAGAAUUUAUAGACGAGGCAGAUUGUGAGUCAGGCAACACCAGAAAUCCAGGGCAGAAGCAGGGCUAUUCCGAUUCGUCUUUGUCCAGUGCUAUUGACCCUGGCAUCACCUUCAGACCUUGCAUAGCUCUAACCACGGAGGAUAGAGUCAGGAUGUUCGACACGGGGUUCCUUACACGCACACGCAAGAAGGGGGUUCCUUCUUACAGCUGUGCUCCUGUGUACAGAAAGGCAGUGGAAUGUGUCAAGAGAAAGCUUCAGUUCAUUUCUGUCGACAGGAACAGUGAAGCAUCCAGCCACCACAGCGUAACAAAAUAAAACAUACCUUUGCAUUUGAGGCAUGCAUGUCGCAAUAUGUGGGUUGCUGAAUAAUUGUUUUACACUUCAUUAGGCGUUCGAAGAUUUGGUGUUAGACUUGAUGUUGAAGGCAGGUGGCAUUGUUUUGGUUGGAUUUCAAAAGAAACAUCUUUGUCAUCUUCCUAAUCAAAUAUUAAUAAGGUUUUUCCAAAAUAUGUAAUCAGAUUUGGAAGUUAAUUUGUUGUUUAUUUAGCCAACAGAGGGCAUCCUUUUUCUUGAGUUUUGGCAGUACAUCUUCAGUUUUUACGUUGCUUAUAAAAUAAUUAGUUUUAAGGUAGCCUAUUGAUAUUACCUUAUUAUUAUUAUUAUUAUUUUCCUGCACCAAAUAGAUGACAUGAAACAUACUACUGCUGUUAUUGUUUGUUUUGAUAUGUCAUCUUUAUUGCCAGACGUGUUCAAUUAGUUAUUUCUUCAAAGUAACGUUGAUUUAUAUUGUGUAUAUCUUUUAAAGCCAAAUAACACGAUGCCGUUGUUGUCAGUUGUGUUGUAUUUCUUUUUCAAUAAAGUUUAAACGUAAAGACAAUGAUUUGCCGUCAUGGGUGAUGUAGUUUAAUGCAUAGAGCGUUCACGACAGACGGACUUUACGGCAGUCCCCGAACUACAAACACGCAGUCGCAGUUUGCUGACCUUCCGUGGUACUCAAGCAAGCAUGGCUGCCCGGGCACUUACGAAAGGGCUUUGGGCGCUACGACAGUCCAGAGCUGUUAAAAUCGGAUACCCCGCUUCUGGUCAUUUCUACGGCACCGAGGCAGCUGUCAAAUCACCUCAACUACAAGUUGAGGAUGCUUCAGAAAGGAUAAUGACCCUGCCACUCAAGAAGCCUGACUUCUUUCGUGUGUCAGAGCUCUUCUCGGUCAAAUCCCUGUUCGAGGCCAGGGUGCAUCUUGGACAUAAGAAGGGCUGCAGACACAGGUUGGUAUUAGUAAAGCUCAUCAGCUCUUUAUGUAUUUUGUUACGUUGGAUCUGCAGUGACAUUGGGAGUUGUUUGGUUAGGGUCAUCCAUGUACCAUAACCGCAUACCGUAUAAGUGCAGAGAAAUAAAUAAUGGUAAAGCAACUCUAUUUAUUCAAUCAUUUGAGUGUAAAAGAUUGGCCUGCAACUUUUUUUUCCUUAUCAAGUAAUCUGCUGGCUGUCUUCAAAUACAUUUAUGAUUCGUUUUGGGCUCUUAAAUGUCAGAAACAACUGAAAUAUCACAUUUUCUACACUCUCGGCACCGAAUGUGUCGUCCUUAAAUUAAUUUUAAAGGGCUCAUGCUCUACGAUUCCAGUGAAACUAUAAUUGGCCAUGCAAUUCUUUGUUCACAGGUUCCCUUCAACAAUGCCAAUGUUUUAAAAUGCAGCCACUAAUCAGCUUGUUAGUUAGUUGCUGAUUGUUAUUUUUCAGUUGUACAACCAAUCAAGAAAUUAACAAAUAGCUUCUGAUCAACUAAAGGAAAUUGACCAAUGUUGUCUGUACUUUGGAUUGACCUUGUUUCUGUUUUGAUUUUCGAAAAUAUUACCAGUUUCAACCCAGUGGAGUAAAUCUAGAGCAUGGUAACUGUACAAAUUCUGGACUGCCCUGUGUG